ACCACCAACACACCAGCUCACACGUCUGCAAAAGAAAACAUGGCCAGCAAAUAUGCUCUUCUUGGCUCAGACCUCAGACUGGUUCUUGUGGGGCAGGACAAAGUGGGGAAGAGCUCAGCUGGAAACACCAUCCUGGGAGAGAAGAAGUUUGGGUGUCAGGCCAGUUCCAGGCCUCUGACUCUGAGCAGUGAGCAGAUGGAAGUUGUUGUUGGUGAGCAUAGAGUUUUAGUGGUGGACACCCCCGGACUCUGCAGCUCUCGUCUGUCUGCAGAGGAAGUGAAAGCAAAGCUGCUGAAAGCAGUAGAGUUCUGCUCUCCGGGUCCUCACGUCUUCCUCCUCACACUCCAGCUCGGUAGACUCACCCCACAAGAACAGGAAGGCCUGCAGAUCCUGCAGAGGAUGCUGAGCUCUGAAGUAUCCAAACGCACCAUGCUGCUUUUCACCUACGGAGACCGACUGGAAGACACGGACAUGGAGCAGUUUAUUAGAGAGGAUGACAACCUGCAGAAGCUGCUGAAGAGCUGCAGCGGGAUCUACCAUGUUUUUAACAACAAGAUGGAUGACCAGAAGCAGGUUGAAGAGCUGCUGAAGAAAAUAGAUUCCAUCUCAGAGGGAGGAAGCUUAUUCUAUCAGAGAGGGUCCAGGUCAGGGUCCAGGUCAUGGUGGUCAGUCUGUAGAUGUGUUUACAGAUUUUACAGGAUAAUUUACAGAGUUCUUUGUCAGAUCUGCUACAGACUAUUUAACAUCUUCAGAUAGAAAGAGGAGAGGAAGCUACGGAAACACUGGAGGAUAGAAAGAAAGAAUGAAGAGAGGUGGUAUUGUAGUGCCUAAUUAUUAGCAUUAGGUAGCAUAAUCACAUUUAGAUAUAAGAGCAAAUUUAGGCAUAGGAUAUGUUUCUGUGAGUAUCACAUGGAUCUAGUAAACACAAUGACCUUCAGAGUAAAAAGUAUCACUUGAACUCAGUAAAGUCAGUUAUCGAUUAACCAUAGGAAACGCUCCAUAAGUUUAGAUUAUCCUCAGGGAAGGUGUCAGAGGUGAACUCAGGACUGAUUCUUUGUCUGUUAACACAUAUAAAGGCCACUGGUAUGAAUGUUCAGUGGGAUUCUCGAAAUUGGAUAGAAACCUCACAGAUGCACAAUCUGAUUAACAUGUCACUUUUUGUAAUAAACA